GCACUAUAUAACAACAACCCUUGAGCCAAGAACCAUUAGCGGUGAAGAUACACUACAACUCCAAAAAUAGAGUUUGUGAGGUUUCAGUUAGGUUUCUUUUACACUCGUUUCUUGAAACUAAAUUCUUAGAAACCUUCAAACUAUUUACCAUUUCUCUUUGCGGACUACAAAGUUUAUAUUUAUCAAAACUUGGAGCUCAGAAUCAAUGGAGAUCAAAGCUGGAACGAUGCAAAAGUCAAAGUUCAAAACAAUCUGUGUCUUCUGUGGAAGCAGCCAAGGCAAGAAGAGCAGUUACCAAGAUGCUGCUGUUGAUCUCGGCAACGAACUGGUUUCAAGGAAUAUUGAUCUAGUCUAUGGAGGUGGGAGCAUAGGAUUGAUGGGUUUGGUUUCGCAAGCUGUUCAUGAUGGUGGUCGUCAUGUUAUUGGAAUCAUUCCCAAGACCCUCAUGCCUAGAGAGUUGACUGGUGAAACAGUAGGAGAAGUAAGAGCAGUUGCAGAUAUGCACCAAAGGAAAGCUGAGAUGGCUAAGCAUUCUGAUGCUUUUAUUGCCUUGCCAGGUGGCUAUGGAACGCUUGAAGAAUUGCUUGAAGUCAUAACUUGGGCUCAGCUUGGAAUACAUGAAAAACCGGUGGGUUUGCUCAAUGUUGAUGGAUACUACAACUCUCUGCUCUCAUUCAUUGACAAAGCCGUUGAAGAAGGAUUCGUCAGCCCUACUGCUCGUGAGAUCAUCGUCUCUGCUCCUACUGCUAAAGAGCUUGUGAAGAAGCUAGAGGAAUACGCACCAUGCCAUGAAAGUGUUACGUCUAAGCUUUGUUGGGAGAUUGGAGAAUGAUCAAAUAUCAAGAAUCUAUUAUAACUAUCUAAAUAUUUAUAUAUAUAUAUAAGGCAAUGUCGAAGAUUUUCAAGAUUUAGAUCUUACUAAAAAAGGAAGGAAUAUAUUCUGACUAGUUGGGUUAAA